GACUGGGGAGCGCGGCGCUGGAGUUGUUGAUCUCGGCGCAAUGGCAGCCUCGGUGUUCUGCUGCCUGCGAUGCUGCCGAGACGGCGGUACCGGCCACAUCCCUCUGAAAGAAAUGCCGGCCGUACAGCUGGACACGCAGCACAUGGGAACAGAUGUUGUCAUUGUGAAAAAUGGAAGAAGAAUAUGUGGAACAGGAGGUUGUCUAGCCAGUGCACCUUUACAUCAAAACAAAAGCUACUUUGAAUUCAAAAUCCAGUCCACAGGAAUCUGGGGUAUUGGAGUUGCGACCCAGAAAGUUAACUUGAAUCAGAUCCCCCUUGGCCGAGAUGCCCACAGUCUGGUGAUGAGGAGUGAUGGAGCCCUUUACUGCAACAAUGAGGAGAAAAACAGGCUGCCAGCAAAUAACCUUCCCCAAGAGGGAGAUGUGGUGGGCAUUACAUAUGACCAUGUAGAACUGAAUGUCUAUUUGAAUGGAAAAAAUAUGCACUGUCCAGCAUCAGGUAUACGAGGGACGGUCUAUCCAGUUGUUUAUGUUGAUGACAGUGCAAUUUUGGAUUGCCAGUUUAGUGAAUUUUAUCACACUCCUCCACCUGGUUUUGAAAAAAUUUUAUUUGAACAACAAAUCUUUUGAAUGUAUUUGGUUUUUUUUUAAACCUGUAUUUCUGUACUGUUAAAAUUGUUUAUCAUUUAAUAAAGCUUUCCCUGAGCUAUAGAUGAAAGUAUAUUCUUAAAAAUUUGAUUGUUACUGUUGUCUGAGAAGCAUUGUAUUCAGUAUACCACUAGAGAGUUGUGAUUUGAAGUACUUAUAUUUUAUGUUAGGAAAAUCAGCACUUGGGGCAGUUUAUUUAUUUAAAUACAUUUAAUAAUGGUUUUAAUACAGUAUUAAAUAGAAAUAUAUAUGUAAAGAUUUAAAAGGGAAUCAUUCUUACAGAAAAUAUUUGUUUGAUAGAGAUAUAGAGUUGAGUGGCUUUUUCUUUUUGUUUUGUUAUUCUGAAGCUUAGACCUCAGAACUUUGUUAAAUCGUAGUCCAAUAAUCUAGUGGCUCUGUGUACUGUCCUUGGGUUACAAAUGUCUUGACUUAUGUAAACCAUAAUUACAAACCAACCUCCCUAAAGCUUCUAUUAAGUAUUUGAGGUAUCUAUAGUGGUUCAAAAUAAUAAACACACACUACUUUGUGACAUGAAUCAUAUUACCAUUUUAGUAAGUUAAAGAUGUUUGUGUUUAUCUGGGAGUAUUUCUUUAAUAUGUUUUGUGCAUAAAAAGGUACAGAAUCUGCCUUGCACUUAGACAAACCUUUGACUACUGAUGUUAAAUAUGAACCAUAUAUAACUGUACUUAGUUAUGUACAAAUUCAGCUUAAAGACAAAACUUAGAAUGGGACUCACCACGAUCCAGGCACUGACUGUGCCACUAUAGUGACAGAAAUUUACGUUAUUAGCGACUUAAUUGUCUUGCAAUCUAUUUACUGUAAAAUUUACCUUCUAAAAAUCAAAUUUGCCUAUUUUGUUUAUAUAAUAUUUUAAUUUCAAAUAAUUUCAUAUGCUCUGUAAAAGUAAAUUAUGUGCUUUAGUAAUUGUCCAAGCAUUUUGUUGAAGACCAUUAUGCUGUGUUACUUCGAUACCAGAGUAAGUAUCAACUGGUUAGCAGUGUACACUGGCAGACAGAACAGUAGAAUGGGGCUGUAAAUGUAAAUUUAAAAGAGAUUAUUCUUUUUAUGGACUAUUUUAUGUAUGUGUGUUUUCUGUAAUGAAAAAAUAAAAGCAUAAUUAAGAAAUAAUGCCAUAUUAAA